CUUUCUUUUCCAUUUUAGGCCCUCCUCCCUGACAGGCGAGACAGCUCACAGCUUUCAACUCCUCCUCCUCCUCCUCCAGCGAGCACAUGCUCAUGCUCCUUCCAUCUGAUACCGACUGGAUGCGGAGCAAAGAUUUGCCAGCAGCUUCUCCAGUCUCCGCUCCCAUCUUCAUCUUCUCUCCAUCCCCUUCUCCUCUCCCAUCCAGAGCUUCUCCGUUUUCUUUUUGCUCCGGUUGUUCCCGACCAGGAUGUGGCACUCUGUGGCUCUUCUCCUCUCUGGACUUUCCGCUUUGAUCAACGUGUCGUUGCAGGGACCUCACCAGAGGAACCUGCUGAAAAACCUCCUGAAGGACUACAACCGGAUGGAGCGACCAGUGGGGAAUGACUCACAUCCUCUGACGGUUUUCUUUACCCUCAGUUUGAUACAGAUCAUGGACGUGGAUGAGAAGAACCAGGUGUUAACCUCCAACAUGUGGCUUCAGAUGAGUUGGUAUGACCACUACCUCCAGUGGAACCAGAGCGAACACCCCGGAGUGAAAAACCUUCGCUUCACCACAGACCAGAUCUGGACUCCAGACAUUUUGCUCUACAACAGUGCAGAUGAUGAUUUCGACUCCACCUUUAAGACCAACGUUCUGGUGAACUCCAGCGGCUUUGCCAAGUUUCUGCCUCCAGGAAUAUUUAUGAGCACUUGCAACGUGGACGUUCGCUGGUUCCCGUUCGACAUCCAGAAAUGUGAGUUAAAAUUUGGCUCUUGGACCUACGACGGCUGGCUGCUGGACCUCCAGAUGACCGAUGCAGACACCUCGGGAUACAUGCCCAAUGGAGAGUGGGACCUAAUCGGUGUUCCUGGCACCAGAAAUGAGGUAUUCUAUGAUUGCUGCAAGGAGCCUUACCCGGAUGUGACGUUUGUGAUCACGAUCCGGAGGCGGACGCUCUACUACGCCCUGAACCUGCUCAUCCCGUGCGUGCUGCUUUCUUCUAUGACCCUGCUGAUCUUCGUGCUGCCAGCCGACUCCGGAGAGAAGAUCUCGCUGGGUAUCACCGUGCUGCUCUCUCUCACCGUUUUCAUGCUCCUGGUUGCUGAGAUAAUGCCCGCCACAUCUGACUCCGUCCCACUCAUAGGUCAGUACUUUGCCAGCAUAAUGAUCAUCGUUGGGAUGUCAGUCAUUGCCACAGUGGUGGUUUUACAGUAUCAUCACCAUGAUCCAAAUGGAGGACACAUGCCAAAAUGGGUGCGGCUCGUUUUGCUUCAGUGGGUAGCCUGGUUCCUGAGAAUGAAGCGGCCUGGGGAGAACAAUGACCCGGAGCGACCUCCCUGUGCCCCACACCUGCGGCGCUGCUCCUCAGGCUCACAGAGUGGCAGCAUUCCCAACCCUCCUGAUCCAACCCUCCACCCGCUGCACCCGCAGAACCUGACGCCUCUCCAGACAGGGCCUCUCCAUGCGGGGCACCCUCACCUGCAAACCAGCGCCAACAAUAACGGGAACCUUCUCUACAUGGGAUUCCAAAGCAUUGAGGACUCUUCGGUGCUCUCAGAGCCUAUCCAGAGGAAUAACAUCUCUGUCGGACCUCCACGGGUGGCAGGAAGUCCGCCUCCUCACCUGCCAUCUCAGUUCUGCAGCUCCCCUCCACCUCCAACUCCCAACAUGGACACAGUAGGGUGUCCCAGCACUGUCUCCAGUGGCGGGGGCUUUGGAGGGGGACCAGGAGGGUGCUCGACAUCUGUGAUGGGAGACCCCCAGCUGCAGGCGAUCCUGGAGGAGGUGCGCUACAUGGCAGACCGCUUCCGAGAGCAGGACGAGACCGAGAGCAUGGCUGACCAGUGGAAAUUUGCAGGCGCUGUGAUUGACCGCCUGUGUCUGGUGGCAUUUAGUGUCUUCAACAUCAUCUGCACCAUCUCCAUCCUCAUGUCGGCUCCAAACUUUGUGGAAGCUAUUUCUAAGGACUUUGUUUGACGGGGGAAAACAGGAGGAAAAAAAAAAGACACAAAGGAACACUGAAGAAAAUUAAGUACGGGAUGUAGAAUGGAACGGGCUCUGAUCCAAGGAAACAUGAUUUCCAACAAACUGUAAGCUCUGUGAUUUGUGAUUGGGAGGAUCUGUGGGAACGGAAAGAAACUAAUGGUUUUCUUUGCUAUACAUUCUGUUUUGCAACCAAAAAAAGAAAACAGAUGAUGAAGGGAAUACGGGGUGUAGUUUAAAUGAAAUUAGAGCGUGCAGGGUGCUUUAUCAGAAUCUUCACAAGGUGAAAUAGCUUUUUGUGGCCCAUUUGAAGAGUUUUGUUUUAAAUCUGAAAAGGGCUCCAACGCAACCUGAGGUAAUAAGGGUCUCAUGUCAGGGAAGACUGAGGGUGUAUAAGUGGAAUAAGAGACAGACAGAUAGGCAGAGACAGAUAAAAGAGGCAGAUAUGUGACUGUUUUACUUUCUCAGAUAGGGGAGACAGCCUCUUACUCCCAGAGGUGGAGAAAAUACUGCAUCACUCAAAGUGAUGUGAGAAGAAGAGGGCGGCGAGAGCCUUACAAGGACACAAAACAAAGAGCAGACGUGAAGGACAGACACUGUUCCCUUGGGAUCCUGAAAGAGAUGGAGUUUUGGGAAGCUGCUUGAUGCUCGGAUGCACAAAAGAUGACCGAAGAUCAAGAGCGUCCCAUCGCACGGGAACUAAAGAGGAUCUCAUCUAUUAUUCAAUCACAUUUCGUCUAAUGACAGUCAAAUUGAAUGGCUUCGGAUAAUCCUUCAGACUAACAAGCUUUUCAAAGAUGAACUCCCACCUACAUUUGUGAGCCACUUUUAAUCUCAGAGACCUUAUCUCCGUCAGACGAUUGCCAAUCAGGACUCUCCUCAGCAGCUCGCUCUGUGUGCGGCGCUCGUCCUCACCUGGAAACUCGAAUUAGCCGGUCAUCAACAAUGUAGCGGCCCGUCGCUGCGCCACUGUGAAGGCCAAUGAAAAUUCAUGCACCGGUUACCUAACUGCAUCUGGCAGGUCAUAAUGGACCAACGAAACUCAUUGGAUUUCAUAUUUAAGGUUUAAUAACUUAGACAGGAGAUCAGGGCUUUAAAAACACACCAGAGGCAGAAGGAAGGGGAUGAGAUUACAGAAAAUACUGAAACUAAUGUAAAGGAGCAGCGUCCCGUUAAAUUCCUCUGACUGGUUUACAGCGCCAUGAGGGAGGAAGAGUUUUAAUUUCAAAAUAUUUUCAUGAAACUCUGAUUUAGAGAGUAUGACGCUGCAAGUCAACACCACGGCCCUCAUACAUUGAUUUUGGCUGAAACCACAAAUAGCAAGUCUUUCUGCUGGCAGUUUGAAUGAAAAAUCCUCUUAGCUGUGUUUAAUUCAGAAAUAUUAAUGGGGUCACCAUUCAUGCAUAGAUGUAUAUGUAUGAGACAAAUCCACCUGUUUUUUUAUUUGUGCUACAGCGGCUCGCAAAAGUAUUCAUACCUCUUGAACAUCACAUUUUGUCAUGUUACAACCUCAAACUCUAAUGUUAUUCUGUUUUUGCAUUUGUAUUCACCCCCCUGAGUCAAUAUUUUGUAGGACCACCUGUCUUUGUAGGCCCUGUGAGACUGACUGGGGAGCACCUGUGAACAUCACUUUUCAAGUAUUACCACAGAUUCUUAGUUAUAUUUAGGUCUUACCCUUUCUAAAGCAUGGAUAUGCUUUGAUCUAAACGUUUCCAUAGGUCUGGUUGCAUGUUGGAAGGUGAACCUGUGCCCCAGUCUAGCAUCUUUCGAAGCCUUCAACAGGUUUUCUUCCAGGACUGAUCUGUAUUUAGCUCCAUCCAUCUUUCUCCUCUCUGCUGAAGAAAAGCAUCCCCACGGCAAGAUGCUGCCAUCAACAUGUUUCAAGUGGUGUGAAUACUUUUGCAAGUCACUGCAAUAACCCAUCAUAAAAUCUGAUGCAGAUUAUUCAAAUCCUGUGUGGGACAUUUGUGCGUUAAAUGAUGCAUCCAACAGCUUCUAGACAGCCUGGAAGUGUUUUAAAAUGAGGACCCAGAAUAUGUUGAACCAGAUUCAAAAGAUCCUAAAUAUUUAUUUGCUAGUUGUAAAGGAAAUACUAAUGUUAGAAAAUGUAAAAACAAACCCUCAACAAAACAAAAAGCUAAAUUACUCACUCGCCCCAUAUGUCUUCACUGUAACUAAACAUUUUUAAUAUAAAGAUUUACCUGUUGUUACCAUGGUGAACACAACUUAAAUCAAAAUGUGAAUACUUUACAGAAAAUUGAGGAUAGAAAAGUUAGUUAUUUCUGAUUUUAAUACAGUAAUCUGACAGUAUACAACUAAGACUAAUGUUUGGUAUUUCUUACAAUUAAAAUUAAUUAUAUUUAAAAAGCAAUAUUUGUCCCAAGAAAAAUCUCUGUCUGUUUUAGUAUUUUCAGAACUUUGUAUGUUUGCAGACUCCAGCGUUGAGGAUACGAGUACUUGAACUAUGAAUUUAUAGAGCAAUAUCUGUAUUUUUAUUUUUUCUCUUAAGAGGAGCCUACAUGUCUUUUCAGUUGGGGCAUUUUCAUUUUUAUAAAUAAGCUAAAUAAGAGAGAUGUUCCUUUUUUUGCACUUUUUAUGGCAUAAUUUAAAGAAACCUCAUUGGGAUUCUUCAUAGUUAUUCCCAUACCUCCAGAUUACUUCUGUCCACAAAUUUGUACUUGAACAAAGAGUUUGUUUCCAAGGAAUCAGAACUUAAUGUAAUCUUUUAAAGUGGUGUUGAUAAAUAUUAUGUCAAGAAUAUUUUUCAGGACAUUAUCAUUGGACUUUAGCUCCUUUCUUACUUAUUUUCUGUCCCGUACCUGACUAUUUUUAGUGGGUUUUUUUUUACUUGGAUUUUAAACAUCCAAUCAGAAGGAUAAAAUUUGUUUAUAUUUCUUUGGUUAAAUCUAAGAAAAAUACCAAAUAUUACAGCUUAUAAUACAGAAAGUAGCAUUUUGCCAAAAACUGGGUGAUUCCCAAAGAGCUACAAGGUCUAAGCUUAAUCAGGAAUGAUGCAUUGCUCAGGUCCGGUGUCAGAUCCGUAGACUAUAAAGUAAAGUAAAGUUCAAAGAGAAACUUUGCAAGACCUUCAAAAAGUCUGGAACACUACUGAACAAAAACACUUUAAAAUGUUACAGAAAAGUUUGGUUUCUUGCAAGAAAACUAUAAAAGAAAAUAAUUGUACUGUAUCUGAAUCCUUUUCAUCUUUGUAAAAACACAUUUAAUUUCUUUAUUUUUUUGCCAGUUCUUCUCUGUUUGGUGCACUGCUCCUCAGACCAUGUUGAUUAAAAACCAUUAGUGGUCUUCAUUUUUCUUUAGAACGUUUUUCUAAUUUGCACAUUAAAGAUGACACAAACAAUAA